AUGAGCGAUGUAGACGAUUUUUAUGAAUAUGCCAAAAAUAAUUUUUUAAACCUCUUAAAAAAAAAUAAUUUAAAUCCAAAAAAUGCAGAUGAAAAACAAAAGCAAAAAAGCGAUAUAGACAUAUUUAAGGAAGGAAAACACUCCAGUUUAUCGCAUCAAAAUGAAUUAAAGAUAAAAAAAAAAAAGAAAAAGAAACAUCACAGUAGUGAUGACGAUCACUCUCGUGAACAUAAGAAAUCAAAAGAUAAGCAUAAAGAUAAAAAAAGAAAGAACAAACACAGUGAUGAUGAAUAUAAUAAAAAGCAUAAAAAUAGUAAACAUGAUAAAAAAAAAAAAAAAAAAAAACAUAAGCACAAGCAUGAGGAAAGUGAUGAUGAUUCAGAUGAGUCGUCGUCUAAGAAAAAAAAAGAAAAGAAAAGGGAACAAACUAGUGAAAGUGAUUCCCAAAUCAGUAGCUCAAGUGCCUCUACAAAUAAGAACAAAUUUGAACACGAUAUCAAAAGUAGUAGUUCGAAUGUUUCUAUAAAUAAGAACACAUUUGAAAGUGAUAAUGAUAGUGAAAUGACUAAAGAUAUAAAGAAUACUGAUGAUGGUAAAAGUGUGAAAAAUGAUUAUAAAAAUUCCAUGGAAAAUAUUAAAUUGACAAAAAAAUUGGAAAAAAAAAUAUAUGAACAGAAAGAGAAAAUUUUAUUAAAAAAUGCAUUAAAUAAAAAAUUAGUAGAUUGUAAAUAUUGUAUUGAUUCUGAUUUAUUUCAAAAAAUAAACAAAUUAAAUAUAAUUAGUAUUAGUGAUAAAUCAUAUAUAUGUUAUUAUAAUUAUAAAAAUAUUUUUUUAAAAAAUCAGCUUUUUAUAUCUCCUAUAGAUCAUACAAUAAGUAUUACAAAUACAAAUUUUGAGACAAUUCUAGACAUGAGAAAUCAUAUGAAAUCAUUAAUUGCCAUGUUAGAAGAAUAUAACCAAACAUGUAUAUUUAUCGAAUUUAAUAAUUGUUUUAAUACAAAUGUAGAAUUAAUAUCUAUGAGAAAAACAAAACACACAUAUGUUAAUUGCUAUUCUAUACCUAUGAAUUUAUUAGAAAAAGCAAAAAUAUAUUUUAAAAAAAAUUUGCAAGAUAUAAGUUCAUUAUAUAGAGAAAAUAAACAAUUAAUUAUUACAGAUAAUAAAUAUGCACCUUAUGGUAUUAUACCGAAAAAUAUCCCAUAUAUUUCAGUUAAUUUUUCACUUGUUGAAACCUAUAUACAAGUUAUUGAAAAUAAUUAUGAUUAUAUAAAUAUGUGUCGGUGUAUAUUUACUGAUCUUUUUAAACAAGAUAGAUUAUAUAAAUAUUUUAGAAACUUUCAAACGUAUGUCGAUACUGUAGAAGAAUUUAAAUCACUUUACGCAAAAUAUGACUGGACAAAUUACCGGUGA